AGUAAUGACUACAUGCCUGCCCCCAGUAGGUCGGUGCCGGGUCCCCGCUGAGCGUGGGUGAUUGAAGCGCCAGUGCGCAGUGACUCCGUGCUCUGCCUGGCUGAAGCGGCGCGGCUCGAUGUACUCGGCGCUCGUUUGCUGCUGCCUGGCUCGCGUGCGCGGCCGUUGCUCGUCGCCGCAUUCCCGCGGACCCAGCGCUCGCGAACAUGGCGACGGAGGGGCUACUUCUAACCAACCACGACCACCAGAUCCGGGUCGGAGUGCUGACAGUGAGUGAUAGCUGCUUCAGAAACCUUGCAGAAGAUAGAAGUGGGAUAAACCUGAAAGACUUGGUCCAAGAUCCUUCAUUGUUGGGAGGAACAGUAUCUGCAUACAAGAUAGUACCUGAUGAGGUUGAUGAAAUCAAGGAAACACUCAUAGAAUGGUGUGAUGAUAAGGAAUUGAAUCUUAUUUUAACCACUGGGGGAACUGGGUUUGCCCCAAGAGAUGUAACUCCAGAGGCCACAAAAGAGGUGAUCGAAAGAGAGGCUCCUGGAAUGGCGUUAGCUAUGCUGAUGGGUUCUUUGAAUGUGACUCCUCUGGGGAUGCUGUCUCGACCUGUAUGUGGAAUAAGAGGCAAAACUCUGAUUAUCAAUCUUCCUGGUAGCAAGAAAGGUUCACAGGAAUGCUUCCAGUUUAUAUUACCUGCCCUACCUCAUGCUAUUGACUUGUUGAGGGAUGCAGUUGUGAAAGUGAAAGAAGUUCAUGAUGAAUUGGAAGACCUUCCAUCACCUCCACCACCAUUGUCCCCUCCUCCUACCACCAGCCCACACAAACAGACAGAAGACAAAGGUGUUCAGUGUGAAGAUGAGGAGGAAGAGAAGAAAGACAGUGGAGUGGCUUCAACUGAAGAGAGCUCAUCCUCACAUAUCACUGCAGCAGCCAUAGCAGCCAAGUUGCCUGUGUUUUCCUGUCAUAGUGCUGAUAGUUGUGUUGUACAUCAGAACUUCCAACUUGUACACAGUCCCGCUCCUGUCAUGGCUAAAGGUGGUAAACCUGUCCCUGGUUUCAUUGGUCAUCACUCUCAUACUGCCAUCAGUGCAGGAGAGCCGCAUUUAUUAUACUUUCAGAUCCCAGAUUCGAUUAUUUCUCGUGGUGUUCAAGUCCUUCCACGAGACAAUGCAUCGCUGAGCACGACUCCAUCCGAAUCACCACGAGCUCAAGCUACAUCACGGCUAUCCACAGCUUCUUGCCCCACACCAAAAGCUGAGCUCUCUUCAUGCACACCUUCUUAUUGUGCUACAGAGCUCCACCAUAGGUUGGAAGGGCUUAAAGAUGAACUCAGAAGGCAUAGAGGAUACAACUCACGAGUCCAGUCUCGCUGCAGCAGCAAGGAAAACAUCCUGAGAGCCAGCCACAGCGCAGUUGACAUCAGCAAAGUUGCACGACGACACCGCAUGUCCCCAUUUCCCUUAACGUCGAUGGACAAGGCCUUCAUCACAGUACUGGAGAUGACCCCUGUUCUCGGCACUGAAAUUAUCAACUAUCGAGAUGGUAUGGGUCGAGUUCUAGCACAGGAUGUAUUUGCAAAAGACAACCUGCCACCUUUUCCUGCGUCAGUGAAGGAUGGCUAUGCUGUGAGAGCUGCCGAUGGCCCUGGUGAUAGAUUCAUUAUUGGUGAAUCGCAGGCAGGUGACCAGCCCACUCAGACAGUGAUGCCUGGCCAGGUGAUGCGAGUAACAACAGGGGCUCCAAUACCCUGUGGCGCAGAUGCAGUUGUACAGGUUGAAGAUACCGAGCUCAUCAGGGAAUCAGAUGAUGGCACAGAAGAGUUAGAGGUGCGAAUUCUGACACAGGCUCGUCCAGGCCAGGACAUCAGACCAAUUGGCCAUGAUAUCAAAAGAGGAGAAUGCGUUCUGGCAAAAGGAACUCACAUGGGGCCUUCUGAAAUUGGCCUUCUAGCAACUGUUGGGGUUACUGAAGUUGAAGUUCACAAGUUUCCUGUGGUUGCAGUGAUGUCCACAGGAAAUGAGCUGCUGAACCCUGAAGAUGAACUAACACCUGGAAAAAUUCGGGACAGCAAUCGUUCAACUCUGCUGGCAACAAUUCAGGAGCAUGGAUACCCAACCAUCAACCUGGGAAUAGUGGGAGAUAACCCUGAUGACCUGCUGAAUGCACUCAAUGAAGGCAUAAGUCGUGCUGAUAUCAUCAUUACAUCAGGAGGUGUAUCCAUGGGCGAAAAGGAUUACUUAAAGCAAGUAUUGGACAUUGACCUGCAUGCCCAGAUACAUUUUGGCAGAGUUUUCAUGAAACCUGGCCUCCCAACAACUUUUGCAACUCUGGAUAUCGAUGGUAUCAGAAAAAUCAUCUUUGCACUGCCAGCGGGUGCGGUAGAGGCUGAUGGUGACAUAGGAUCUGAAGGAAAUCCAGUGUCAGCAGUUGUCACCUGCAAUCUCUUUGUUAUACCUGCACUGAGGAAAAUGCAAGGAAUCCUUGAUCCUCGACCCACCAUCAUCAAAGCCAGGUUGUCCUGUGAUGUGAAGCUGGAUCCACGACCCGAAUACCACCGCUGUAUUCUGACUUGGCACCACCAGGAACCAUUGCCAUGGGCACAGAGUACAGGGAAUCAGAUGAGUAGCCGUCUGAUGAGUAUGCGAAGUGCCAAUGGACUGUUGAUGCUACCUCCAAAGACAGAGCAGUACGUGGAGCUCCAUAAGGGUGAAGUGGUAGAUGUCAUGGUGAUUGGAAGACUAUGAUGUCAGACAAGAGGAGGGUUGGUGCAUGUCUACAUAUCAUUGACUGUAUCCUGUAAUGGAAUGGCACCAUUAGUUUUUAAUGAUUUGGAUAAAAUUGACCAAUGUUGAUUUUGAAAUAAUUUCAAAAAGGAAUCAGAUAAAGUAAAUGAAACACGAGAGAGAAAGAAAUCCAUUGAAUCCAUUCUGUAUCAUACCCAGGGCAAAGUUUCUCUUUCAUUACAGUUGCUUUGUGUGUUUAAUGCCAGGUCUAAUAGCAGUAGCUUUUGAUAGACAGCGGUAGGUGCCUGCUAAACUUGUGUUUUCUCAUCUUCAGAUACAGAUACUUAUGCUACUAGCAAGGCUGUCUGCUUACUUUAUACCAGCUUAGAUAAACACAGCUAUUAUCCUUAUUAGUACGCAACAUAAUUGCUUCACAAAGAGCUUUGCUUGUUCUUUAUCUUGUAUCUUGUGUUCAUGUGCUCAGUGCCAAAAGCAGAGUGGCUAGAAUGGACUGGAUUGGUGUAUUACCCUCCCAGUGCCAUUGACGGGGAUAUUUCCUAGAAGCCACCUGUCUCAGCUGACCACCUAGUUGGACAGGAAUUGGAAAACUUUCAUUUGAACAAAGAAAUUGCUUCCUUAAGUGCUGACAGCCUUUUUACCAAUUUAAAAAAAAGUGUACAGUAAUACAAAGAUUGAUAUUGUACAGAUAAUAGUGUACCAGCAAAUCAUGUGGUAAUUCCUAGCGAUGAAAGACAUUUAACAACACUGUACCAUAACAUUUUCUGUAAUGAUAUUAAAUAUUAAUAAAAAUCCUUGAUCAUUGUUAAAAUUUAUCUGAGAAGAUACUCAAUGUUUUUAAAAGAAACUUAUUUCUUGCUGUGUUUGUGCCGUAGUUACAUUGUCACGGUGCAAUUUGGAAAAUAGCUUUGAAAAAUUUUACACUCAAUAAAUCUGUUGGUUUUUUUUAUUGUGCAUUGCUAUUAAGGAACAAAUUCUGCAAUGUCGAAAGAGGUUAAAGGCAUUAUGAUCAUGGAAGUGUCUACAAUUUCAUCAUCUCCCCUUUAUAUCAUGAACCAAAUGCCAUUUUGCUUUAGUGACCAGGUUAGCUAUGUUGGAACAUCUGAUCAUUUUUUUAAGAACUUAUACUGAAAGAAGG